AUGGCAACAAAUAACAACGAAGCAGUCUCCGGUAUUAAACCACCCGGAUACUUGCACAUCGAGUCGGACAACAAGUCGGCAAAUUGGAAAAAAUGGCGACAACAGUUCGAAUGGUAUGCAACUGCAAUUCAGCUAGGAAAGAAACCUGCCGAUAUUCAAGCUGCAACAUUCAUGUCAAUCAUAGGACCAGAUGCAAUUGACAUCUACAACAGUUUUAAUUUGAAUACAAUAGAUGAACAAAAAUUAAGCACCAUUAUCGGAAAGUUCGAAGAAUAUUUCGCGCCGAAAAACAACAUAUCGUUCGAAAGGUAUGUUUUCUUCAAAAUUGAACAACAUGAAGACGAAUCGUUUAACGAAUUCAUCACUAGAAUUAAAACACAAGCAAACAAAUGCGAGUUUGGCACUCUACUUGAAGAAAUGCUGAAAGACAAGAUUGUAUUCGGAAUAAAAUCAACCCAAAUCAGAGAAAAAUUACUCACCGAAGAAAAACUUGAUCUCACAAAAGCCACAGCCAUCUGUAAAAGCAGUGAACAAGCCUCCAAACAACUUAACGAGUUUGAGAAUAACAACAAGAGUGAAAAAAUACUGACAAUCAAAAGUAAGAACUUCAGAAAUGAAAAAUUUGACUGUAAAAGAUGUGGUUCAAACCACAAGGCUAGAGAAUGCCAAGCCUACAACAAAUUAUGUACAAAGUGUAACAAGGCCGGUCAUUUUGCAAAAAUGUGUCGUUCCCAAAUCCAAUUGAAACAAAAAAAUAAAAUAAAUACUCUAGAAGAAAAUUCUACUUCAGAAAAUUCAGAUGAAUCAUUUAUAGGACAAUUAAGUGUCGGCAACUCCAAAGACUGGACAGAAAGUGUCGAAACUGCCAACACCAAAUUCACAGCAAAGCUUGAUACUGGUGCAGAGUGCAACGUCCUUCCAAAUUUCAUAGUACAGAAAACUCACGCUUGUAUACAACCAAGUCGCACUAAAAAUUUAAUAAGCUAUUCAAAUAACAGAAUUUCAGUACUUGGAGAAGUAAAGUUACAAUGCAAAAUAAAAAAGAAAACUGCUAAAAUACUAUUUAAAGUUGUAGCUGAAAGAGUCACACCAGUCUUAGGACUAAACACUUGUGAGAAGCUGGAACUAAUUGCACGAGUUGAAACAUUGAAAGAAAGCUCAUCCAACGAUGACAUAUUUAAAGGGUUAGGUUGCUACAAAAAUUUUGAGUAUGAUAUUGACCUCAUAGAAAACCCCAAAUUUGAAAUAAAACCAACAAGAAAAGUUCCACAUGCCAUAAGAAAUGAAGUAAAACAAGAAUUAGAUAGAAUGGUAAAACUGGAUGUCAUCACACCUGAAACAGAACCGACACCAGCAGUAAGUCCGAUGGUGGUAGUCAGACAAAAAGGAAAAUUGAGAAUAUGCAUCGACCCAUCGGAUGUGAACAAAAAUAUUUUAAGAAGACAUUUCCCACUUGCAACAAUAGAAGAGAUAGCAGCAGACAUCAAAGGAUCAGAAUACUUUUCCCUACUAGACUGCACCAAAGGAUUUUGGCAAAUUAAAUUAUCAAAAAGAACACAAAAGAUACUGACAUUUUCUACACCAUGGGGAAGAUAUUCAUUCAAAAGACUUCCAUUCGGACUAUCGUCAGCCCCUGAAAUUUUUCAAGAAAUCUUGACUAAUCUUCUCAGCAAAUUCAAAAAUGUAAAAGUAUCAAUCGAUGAUAUCUUUAUUCAUGCCAAAAAGAAGGAAGAGCUACAGAAAACGGUCAAAGAAGUAAUAGAGACAUUGAAAAUUUCUGGCUUCAAACUCAAUCAAAGCAAAUGCAUCUUUGAAGCCAAAAGAAUAAAAUUUUUAGGUCAUAUAGUCUCAGCCAAAGGUUUAGAAGCAGAUCCUGAAAAAGUAAAAGCCAUAGAAUUUAUGAAAACACCACAGAACAAAAAAGAACUGCAAAGGAUACUAGGAAUGAUAACAUAUGUAAAUAAAUACAUUCCCAACAUGUCAGAAUUAACAAACCCUUUAAGAGACCUACUUCACAAGGACACAAGUUUCAACUGGGAAUUCUAUCAUGAUGAAGCACUCAACAAAAUUAAAAAAGUCUUACAGAAUCCACCAGUGCUAAAACUAUAUGAUGUAAACAAACCAGUCACACUAAGCGUGGAUGCAAGCUCAAAGAAUCUUGGUGCAGCACUUCUUCAGGAAGGCCAACCAGUAGCUUAUGGAGCCAGAACAUUGACUAAAUCCGAACAAAAUUAUCCUCAAAUUGAAAAGGAAGCACUUGCUAUACUAUUUGGGUGCAAAAAGUUCCAUGAGUAUGUCUAUGGCAAAGAGUUAUUAGUCGAAUCAGAUCACAAGCCGCUCGAGACAAUAUUCAGAAAAAACAUUCAGUCAGCCCCAGCUAGACUUCAACGUAUAAUGCUCAACCUAACACCGUAUUCACCAAAAAUUACAUUUAAAAAAGGCACAGAAAUACCACUAGCAGACUUUUUAAGUCGUGAUUGUGACACUUCAAAACUGAAUGACUAUCAGGAAGAAGACCUAAAGAUCUCAAUAAUAUUACCAACAACAUUUGACUACACAGAAGAGUUGAUCAAAGCAACAAAAGAAGACCCCCACCUGCAACUCUUGUUAAAAACAAUAAUGAAAGGGUUCCCAGAAAAGGCUGAUCAACUCCCUACAGAACUGCAUCACUACUUCAAUUUCAAAGAAGAACUAACAUACUUCAAAGGUCUAAUUUUCAAAGGUCACAAAAUUGUAGUGCCCAAAACACAAAUACCUCAGAUGCUAAAAUACAUACACCAAGGUCACCUUGGAAUUCAGAGUUGCUUGAAAAGAGCACACCAAUUACUCUAUUGGAGAGGACAAUAUGAAGACAUCGUGAAACUGGUUAGAAGCUGCUCAGCAUGUGAAAAAAACACAAAAGGACAAUACCAACUAUACCGUAGCAGUCAAAAGAAUCCCAUCUCUCCCAUGGCAGAUUGUGGCAUCUGA